CCACGAUGCUGAAAGCUAUGCCACUGGUAUUUCAAGUACCAGCAGGGUCACCCAUGGUGGACAGACUUCAGCGGAGCUUUUAGAUGAGACGGACUAGGAAGAACACCUGGUCUCCCACUUCUGAAAAAAUUGGCCAUGAAAACCCUCUGAACAGCAGCGUAGCAUCGUCUGAUAUAGUGCCUAAGUUCUGAAGUAUAUUUGGGCCCAGAGGAUGUGUCUGGUUGUUGCACAGACACACAGCCUGUGACUGGAUCUGCACAGCUAAGAACAACUGGAUCUUGCUCUCACUCAGCCAGAGGAAGAUUCCUUGGGUGAAGCCACACCUCCUUCCAGCCUGGACGCAGACUGGUGAGCUCUCAGGGAGAACUCUGAGAUCCUGCAGGUGACACCAUGACCUCAGAUGCCCGUGGGGUCUGCCCAGACAGCAAUAGCUUUCUUGAGGCUGCCAUGGAGUACUUCUGGAAAACAGUGAGCAGAGAGGAACUGCAGCUCCUGCUGACCGAUGGUGAAGCCUGGGAGAGAUUUGUGGCUGAGGCUGAUUUGUCAAGGGAGGAGGCAGAUGCGUUACGCGAGGGUCUGAAUGAGAUGAACACAGACGUGGCCAUGGAGGACAAGGUCAUGAUCCAAAAAGAUCAGGAAAAUACAAAGAAGUUUUUGGACAAGUUUCCUCAGGUGAAACGGGAGCUUGAGGAGCGCAUCGGAAAGCUCCACGCACUUGCAGACAAGGUUGACAAGGUACACAGGGACUGCACCAUCUCCAACGUGGUGGCCAACUCCACUGGCGCUGUGGCUGGCGUCCUGACUUUCCUUGGCCUGGCUCUGGCACCCGUGACAGCAGGGGUCAGUCUGGCACUCUCGGCAACUGGGAUAGGGCUGGGAGCCGCAGCUGGUGUGACCACUGUGUCCACCAGCAUCGUGGAAUAUUCAACCAACUCGUCAGCAAAAGCUGAAGCCAGUCGCCUGGUGUCAUUUGACGUUGACAAAGGAGAGAUUGUCAAGGAAAUUCUAUGUCACACUGCACCCCGUGUAUUUUCCUUAUCAAAGAAUUUCAUCGAAGUCGUGGAAAGUAUUGGGAAGAACAUCCGUGCUCUCAAGGUAGUCAAAACCAAACCUCACUUGGUAGGCCAUGCCAAGAGCCUCAUGACUGUUGGGAGGAUCUCAGUCAGAAGGGGCAAGCAGGUGAAGAAAGCUUUUGGAGGUACUGCUCUGGCAAUGACCAAAGGAGCCCGGGCCAUGGGUAUGGCCACCACAGGUGUCUUCCUUCUGGUGGAUGUGAUCAGCCUUGUCCAAGAUUCAGUGCAUUUGCAUAAAGGGGCAAAGGCAAAGUCAGCUGAAGAGCUGAGGCAGGAGGCUCGGGAGCUGGAGAGGAAGUUGGAGGAGCUCACCCAGAUCCAUGACAUGCUGCAACAGGGCCUCAUUCUAUGGCCCACAGAGUAAUGCAGGGAGCACAGACAUGUGCGGGACAAAGGCAUGCAAGUACCUUGUUAGCGGGGGCGGGGGGGGAAGAGGGUGAGAUAAAAUUUACGACAAUGGGUAUUAAGGAGUUUGGCAUUUCUGUCGCUGAACACAGCAGGGAGGGGUUAAUGCAAAUGUCAGGUGAGUGGAAGAGAAGGAAGGAAUGUGGAGCCUGGAAUAAGGGAGGAGAGGGGAUUGGAAGUGAGAGGAACGGGGAGAAACAAUUUAUUUUGGACUAAAGAAGACACUGGGGGCAUGGAUAGAGAAGUGUGGAAGAACAAGCAAUGAGAAGGCUGGGAAAACUACAGAGUUGAAAGCAGUACAAAGCUAGAGCGUUAGAAUUGUUGGAAUAUGGAGAAGUAGCAUGGCUCCUCUAUUGACCCCCCUCGUGCUUUGACGUCCCAGCAAGAAUGCAGUCUUUGCCUGGUGGUGGUCUUUAGCUCUACCUUUUCAAGAUCAACUCAGCUUUGUCUUCCAGCAGGUUCAUCUUAGGUAGGCAAUGACUUCUUGAUGAUGAUGAUUGUGGUGAUGAUGAUGAUGGCAGCUGUGGUGGUGAUGACAGCAGAGUAGGUGGAACAUUUGGCAAAUCACUGGUGCUCUUUGGGGCCAGGGUGCGCUGAGAGAGCAAUGAAGUCCCAGUGAAAUUGCAGAUGCUUUUUUGAAACAGUGGUUGGUUUGAAAAAGUAUAGAAAAGUGAAACCAGACGCAAGCAUCAAGUCAAAGAACCUUGUGUUGUGUCAAGAUCAACCAACUUGGAGUCAAGAGACGCAGCUUUUCUGAGCCUCAGUUUCCUCAUCAGUGGUGGGGGGCGUUGCUGGACAAGAUCAUAUUUCACAUCAGUCUGGUGUUCAAUAGACGGGAUGAAUAAAUAUGGACUGAUACACUGA